UCCAUCCACCUGACCACAGACUAUGAGAAGAUGGUAGGGCCGACGAGGAGUAAACUCAGGGAAUCGGACCCCGACGCAUUGCAAACCAGGAGGAGUCGGGGCUCAGGGGCGGUGGAGCCCCCGCUGGAGCGCGCCGCGUCGCCGGAGAGGCCCAAGAGGUGGCUGCCGCAACCUUUCUUCCUGGGCGGCAGGAACCUGCCUGGGGGCGCCCGCAACUACGCGCAGCGGAGGACCCGAAAUCUGAACGCGCAAAAUUACUUACACCUGGAAGAGGUCACCAAGCUCCUUCUUCACGGCCGCUUCCAGUUCCUCCACAGCCUCUUGGACCAGCUCCGCGACAGGGUGCAGGCCCUGCAGAAUCAUCGCUUCUCCCACAGGACCCUCUUUGGUGUAGCUGCCUUUGUGGGGAUUUUGCACUGGAUACACUUAAUAACACUUUUUGAAAAUGACCGUCAUUUUUCUCACCUCUCAUCUUUGGAACGGGAGAUGACCUUCCGCACGGAAAUGGGACUUUAUUAUUCCUACUUCAAGACCAUCAUCGAAGCGCCCUCAUUUCUGGAAGGACUGUGGAUGAUCAUGAAUGACAGGCUAACUGAAUAUCCCCUGGUAAUCAAUACAGUGAAACGCUUCCAUCUUUAUCCAGAGGUAAUCAUAGCCUACUGGUAUCGCACAAUCGUGGGAACAAUGGAUUUAUUUGGAUUGAAAACUAAGACCUGCUGGAAUGUCACCAGAAUAGAGCCUCUUAGUGAAGUUCAGAGCUGUGAAGGAUUGGGAGACCCAGCUUGCUUUUAUGUUGGUGUAAUUUUUAUUUUAAAUGGACUAAUGAUGGGAUUGUUCUUCAUCUAUGGUACCUAUCUGAGUGGGAGUCAGCUAGGAGGUCUGAUUACAGUGCUGUGCUACUUUUUCAAUCAUGGAGAGGCCACCCGUGUGAUGUGGACACCACCUCUCCGGGAAAGUUUUUCAUAUCCAUUCCUUGUACUUCAGAUGUAUGUUUUAACUACUAUACUCAGGACCUCCACUGUCCACAGAAAACACUACAUAGCGCUCUGUCUCUCCAACGUGGCCUUCAUGCUUCCCUGGCAGUUCGCUCAGUUCAUACUUUUUACGCAGGCAAUAUUGCAAAAGAAGAAUAAAAUCCAAAAAUUAGGAACCUCUGAACUCCAAUUGUGGCUAAUCCAAGGCUGUGCUUGGUGGAGUGGAACAAUUAUCUUGAAAUUCCUGACAUCUAAAAUUUGUGGUGUUUCAGACCAUAUUCGCUUGAGUGACCUUAUAGCAGCCAGAAUAUUAAGAUACACAGAUUUUGAUACCUUAAUAUACACCUGUGCUCCUGAAUUUGACUUCAUGGAACGAGCGACGCCACUGAGAUACACAAAGACAUUAUUGCUUCCACUUGUUAUAGUGAUUACGUACUUUAUCUUUAAAAAGAUUGCUCGUGAUAUCAUAUGUGUCUUAUGUACAAACACUUACCUAAGAAAACAGAUCCUUGAAAACGGUGAGCUGAUUUUUCACACCUUGCAGUUGCUGGCAUUCACAGUUCUUGCCAUUUUAAUCAUGCGGUUGAAGCUGUUUUUGACACCCCACAUGUGCAUCAUGGCUUCUUUGAUCUGCUCCCGACGGCUCUUUGGCUGGCUUUUUUGCAGAGUUCAUUUUGAGAAUGUUGUCUUCGGUAUUCUGACAAUGAUGUCAAUACAAGGUUGUGCAAACCUCCAUUACCAAUGGAGCAUCAUGGGAGAGUUUACUAACCUGCCUCAGGAAGAGCUCAUACAGUGGAUCAGAUACAACACUAGGCCAGAUGCUGUCUUUGCAGGCGCUAUGCCCACGAUGGCGAGCAUAAAACUAUCUACACUGCAUCCAAUUGUGAACCACCCACACUAUGAGGAUGCAGACUUGAGGGCUCGAACAAAAAUAGUUUAUUCUGCAUAUAGUCGAAAACCUGCAGUCGAAGUGAGAGAUAAACUGUUGGAAUUACAUGUGAAUUAUUAUGUUCUAGAAGAAGCAUGGUGUGUUGUGAGAACUAAACCUGGUUGCAGUAUGCUUGAAAUCUGGGAUGUGGAAGACCCUUCCAAUGCAGCUAAUCCCCCCCUCUGUAGUGCCCUGCUCAAGAAUGCCAAGCCUUACUUCACCACAGUAUUUCAGAAUAGUAUGUACAGAGUCCUGAAGAUUAACUGAGAACAAGGCUCUCCAUCACUCUGCGCAAAGAUGUCAAAACAGAACACUUCCAGCAACAAUAAAAAUCACAAGCUUUCCUAAGAGACACUUUCAAAGAAGAUACAAUUAUUUAAAGUUACUGGUUACUAAGGAUAAAUUACUUCACUGUUUACAUCAACUGUGAGCCUGCCAAGCUUACCUCAUAACUGAUUUAAGACAUCUCAUACCUCAUCAACAAAUGUUCAUUUUAGAGUUUUGAGGAAAUGUGUAUGCAAAAUAACAAUAUAAUUUAAGAAACCAAGCAUAAAUAAUUCCUUUUCAACCCAGCUAGAUACAUUGCUUCUUGUUUCCCUAGAGCUCAUGGAUCAGCCCAAACCCUCUGAGCCAUGAAGACUGCGCAGAAUCUGAGAAGCCUGGGAGCUGUGGUAGCCUCAACUCCCACGUGCUCUGAGCUUACUAGCUAGCCCUGGAGAGAGAAUUUUAAUAGCUUUUAAGAACCUUUAAAAAUCAUUUCCAGUCCAAGUGUUUCUAAGCACUUUGACUUGUAAUAGUUUGAAUGCUACAAAGAUUAUUAACUCAACCAGAUAAAUAUUUGCUACUGAUUAAUUUCUAGACCAAACCCAAUAAUUAUCAUUCUGUUGGUAAAAUCCUGUUGUUUUCUUUUAAUAGCAGGUAAAAUGAAAAUUAUUAUGGAACCAAAUCAAAUUUGGAACUAGGCGUCAGUAUAGAAAAUCCAGCUGGGUUUAUAAAAUGAGGUUUUCAGGGGCUAGACCGUAACAAAGCAAUGGCCUUCUCUUCUCGGUGGCCCCUGGCUCGCUGAGUAUGGUCUGUGUUUGAAGCCACCAUCUUUUGUAAUUCAUAUUUUUAAGUCCUCGUUUAUUUUUAGUUUAUGAUGAAGAUGGCAUUGUUUUACAAAUUUUAUCUCCCAAUAAAAGCUCUCUGUUAUAAAUUCUUUGAAAAUUGGCAAUUACCUUGCAAGUACAUUGGGUACACGCAAAGAGAAACCCUCUCUUUUAUGAUAAGUUUUAAACACACUGAAAGUUUGAAUCUGCAUGUGCUACAAAUUAAGCAUCUUGGAGUUUUUAUACUUAUAUUUUCCUUAUAUUUUUGGCCAGCCAUAAGAGAUGAGUCAGUUUCACUGAUUAAUUUAUUUGCCAAUAGGUAAGAAAAUAUAUAUAAAGUUACUAUAAAAGUUGGAACAUAUUUUAAUGCUGGAAACAAAAUAGUCAAGAAAGAGUGCUAUAUUGUGUUGAUUUUAACAUUUUCAAGUAAUUUCUUUUGCUGUGUGGAACAAAGAAGGGAAAAGAUUUAUUAAAGUAACAUUUUAGGACAAUGUCAUCAGAAUUCAGCAAAAACAAUACAAGCUAUA